AGUGUGCAUUGCUCUAGUCGACUGUACAUUAGAUAGUGACUAUACGGUGUCUCAGUAUUUAUAUGAACUCUUCAAUAUACCCAGUGAUGAUGAACGAAAUGAAAGGAGAUUCAGCGGAUGACGAAGUCAAAAAUAAAUUAGAAAAACAAGAAAAACAUGAGGUUGACCUCGUCCAGGAAGCCAUGGGCACGCUGGGCCCAUGGCACAUUGUCAUCGCUGUGGCUCUGUCGCUCGUGAAGUUUCCCGUAGCUUGGCAUCAGUUGGGUAUUGUUUUCCUGGCUCCACCAGGUAAUUUUACGUGUGCAUCGCCUACACCAGCCGACAACACGUCCAGCAGAUUAAAUCAAUGCCUCGUCGACGUUGGAGGCGGCCACAUGGAAAAGUGUUCACAGUUCAAUUACGAUCGAUCAAUUUUCGAUAAGACCAUCAUAAGCGAGUGGGAUUUAGUUUGCGACAGAGCACAGCUGGCUAAUCUAGCUCAAACUUUAACGAUGUUUGGCAUACUUAUGGGAAAUAUGAUUUUCAGUGCAAUGUCUGAUAGGAUUGGUCGUAAAAGACCACUGAUGAUUGCGAUACUUUUGCAAUCGGUAACCGGAUUUCUCACUGUAUACUCUCAUUGGUACGAACUUUUUCUGGUAUUCAAGUUUAUUUCGGCGGUUGCCACUGGUGGUACUAUGCUCAUCAGUUUUGUUCUACUAAUGGAAAUUGUUGGCCCUAAAUGGCGUUCUUCGCUCUCAGUUCUCUUUCAUCUGCCAUUCCUGCUAGGUUUUCUCAUGAAUCCAUUAGUAGCUUAUCUAACCCGGACUUGGACAGGAUUCCAGAUGGCUGUUUCCAUUCCACCAAUAUUCUUACUCUCUUAUUAUUGGAUCGUGCCAGAAUCACCGCGUUGGCUGUUGGCCGUGGGUCGUCGCGAAGAAGCCACAACUAUUCUGACCAAAGCCGCGGAGAAGAAUCGAAUACCCCUGAGCAAAGUCACGGCCGCCAUCGAGUCGCACAAAAGCCAGGAGAAAUUGAUCGACGAGCCGGAGAAGAAGUACAAUUUUACGCACCUUUUCCUUACGCCAAAUAUGCGCCUGAAGACCAUUUGCGUAUGCGUCAAUUGGUUCGUUUGCGGAUUGUGCUUCUUCGGCUUGGCUCAAUACAUCGGCCGAUUGAACGGAAAUAUUUUCGUCAAUACAGCCAUUUCAGCUGCCGUUGAAUUUCCUGGUACAUUGAUUAUUCUGUUCCUCAUAUCUCGAGUCUCCAGACUCAAAAUUCUCAUUGGCGGUAAUCUCGUCUCCGGCAUCACGCUAAUACUUAUUAUGAUCUUCGAAGAUCCCAAAGUGCAGGUGGGCCUGGCUUGCAUCGGGAUCGCUGCCAUGUCCAUUUCCUUCCCGACGGUCUAUCUCUACAGCAGCGAAGUAUUUCCUACUGUUGUCAGGAACGUCGGUGUAGGUGCUGGAAGCAUAGCAGCGAGAAUAGGUAGCAUGAUAGCCCCGUUCAUAGCUACUAUGAAUAUCGUUUAUCCUUGGCUUCCACCGUUGAUCUUUGGCAUUGGUCCGAUAGUCGGUGCUGGGCUUUGUUUCUUGUUACCUGAAACGAUGAAUUUUGAACUACCCGAAACGAUAGAAGACGGCGAAAAUUUUGGAAAGAAAAAGAGGAGACAAGUCUCAGCUUAAAAAGACUCGAGAAUUUCAAAUCAACAUCUCUAAAAGACUGAAAAAACGGAGUACAUCUUUCGAAUGUUCAUGAAAAUCAUGAUCGCACAAUUAUCAUUUCAUAAUUAUAAUGUUAUUUUCAAUGCAUGCAAGUUUUAUUAGAGUGCUAAAAACCUUAAUAGAAUUUAAUUGUUUAAUUGACACAACUAUUAGGAUUCAAAAAAGUAU